GGGGGAGUUGUCGCGCGAUCCCGACGGAGAUGCUAUGGGAGCAGAUCCCAGGCUACGACUCAGACGCAGAGGCUGAGGAGGAUGGCCCAACAGGGCCAGGGAGGCUGGCAGAGAGGCCAGAACUGCUGCAGCGCGUGAAAGCCACCUUGAACGAGAGGUGGACGGACGUGCCGUUCAUGGACUUAGCGCCAGUACAACCUGGAGCCAAGUUCGCGUCACUGGCUAAGCUAAUGGCGGACGGCCGUGGCUUUCCGCCCGGCUUCCGCAUCGACCGGAUCCACGCGCCGCUGGUGCGGGAGACCUUUCUCCACAACGGUUUUCGACCGACACGGGGUGAGGACUGGCUCAUCAGCUGGACUGGACCUCGAAUGAGGGAGAACGUGCACCGGAUGAUGCACGAGUUUCAGAAGGUGAAUCACUUCCCAGCCUCCACAGAGCUCACAAGGAAAGACCGAAUGUGGGACAACUUCCAACGAAUGGCGCAGCAAAUGGGCAGUGGCGAGUUUGACUUUGUGCCAGAGACCUUUGUGCUGCCGCAGCAGCUGCGAAGCUUCAAGCAGCGGUAUUUGAAGACUAGGGGCGAGCAGCUGUGGAUCGUGAAGCCUUCAGCCUCCUCGCAGGGUCGAGGCAUCUUCAUCUUGCGGAACCUCAUUGAGCUGCCGCUGAAGGACGUGGUGGUCUCCCGGUACGUUGAAAAGCCCAUGCUGAUUCAAGGCUUGAAGUUCGACCUGCGGAUCUACGUCCUAGUGACCUCCUUCCGACCACUGCGAGCCUACGUCUACCGCGAAGGCCUCACAAGGUUUGCAUCAAAGCCUUAUAGCACAGACGAGGAGCAUUUAGCAGAUGUGUACCGCCACUUGACGAACUACUCCAUCAACAAGGGCGCGGAUAACUUUCAGGAAAACCAGCGAGUGCAAGCAGACAACUAUGGCCAUAAGUGGAGCCUAUCUGCAUUGAACCGGCACCUCAAGUGCGUUGGCGUGGACGUGAAGGAGAUGUGGAGUCGCAUCAUGGAUGUCAUUGUGAAGACGCUUCUCAGCGUAGAGCCAGCCAUCAGCACGGCCACGAAGGAAGCAUGCAUCCACGAGCAAAGUUGCUUCGAGCUCUAUGGCUUUGAUGUCCUGGUGGACGAGCAGCUGAAGCCAUGGCUUUUGGAGGUCAACCUAAGUCCGAGUAUGCAGGCUGACUCGCCGCUGGACAAGCAGAUCAAGAGUUCGCUGCUCGCGGAUGCCUUUAAUCUGCUGGGAGUGAGGCGCUUGGACCCGCAGACUCUCACCUCCGCGCGGCUGCGGGCCCGAUUUCUGUACAUGAGCAAGCUGCAGCAGUCCAUCCCGGUGAAGUCCAGGAACCUGCUGGGGCACCGGCAAGACCCGCUGCGUGCCCAGGACACGGCGGAGGACGAGUCCGAUGCCCCGGUGUCGAUCCCACCGAUCCCAUCGGACGAAGGCGAGAACUCGAGCCCGAGCCCUCCGUCCGCGGCAACGGCUGCGCCGGCUGCGCCGCCGCUGCCGCCGCCGCCGCCGGCACCUUCACGGCCCUUCAGCCCCCGGAAGCAGGUGUGCUUGAACACUGUGAAUGAGCCGCACUUGCGGCUGCUGGUGCAUGCGCUGGAAGAGAACCAAAGAUGUAGCAACUUCAUUCGGCUCUACCCAACCCCGGACACAGUGCGCCGAUAUGAGCCCAUCACGCGAAGCCGCCACUCAGAGGACGAGCUUCGAAGCCGACUGCUGAUGGCCGUGCUCUUCGGCGAGCAGCUGCCGGUCUGCGAGAGCGAGCCGGCGCCUGCACAGGAGGCACCGGAGUCGCCGCAGGCGGUCAAGCCAGAGGCGGAGGCGCCUUUGGAGCCGCCAGAAACGCCGAAGGUGAAGAAGAUGAUGCUGCCGGCGCCGGCGAGCAAUCUGAAGCUGGUGGAAGAAGCCUUGCAAACCCUGAAGGUGCUGGGAAGCAAGAUGAGCUCGCAGCUGCUACUGAUGGAGUAUCUGGUUCGGCUGCUGAACACCUGCCACAAGCUCUCCGACUCCGCCCGCCGGAAGUUGGAGAGCCGCGAGCAGUCCGCCAUCGCAGGUGUCCUUCAGGUCUUCAGACAGCAGCUGUCAUUGUACCUUCGCGCGGGCAGGAGGCGAAUCACUCUGGAGGAGAAGGGUAGCGUGGUGGAGGAGGUGGAAGAUGUGUGCACACAGGCGUUGGCGCAGAUUCUCAGCAACACCUGGGGUGCCCCGCGGGAAGCGGCGGCUCGCGCCAUCGAGGGCUCCCGCGGAGACCUCGCCUUGGUGAGGUGCGCCCCGGAGCCCUUCGCGCAGAGCUCCAGCGGCUGCCGCGCCAUCGCGGCGCUGGGCGAGCUCACGGCCACGGACUUGGAGAGCAUAUUCAGAGCGCCGCAAUGCCAACCGGAACUGAAAAGCCUCUUCCUCAUUCCAGACACUGCUGGGGACGUGAGCUGGAACGUGCUGCGGCGCAUGUCGCAAGCUGGCCCGUUGAGCGAGUUGGAGUUCCUGCAGCGUGUCACUGCGAAUCUGCAGCCGCCUCGCGUGGUUCCAAAGAGUCCAGAGGCUGCUCCGCCUGUGGCCCCCAGGCUGGUGCUGUCCCACAGCUCGCCGCAGCUGAAGCGCCGGCCAGCGGGGCCUUUGGCCCCACUGGGCGCCCCGCUGGGCUGCCAAGGCCUCGCCUACAGCCGCAAGGGCAAGUUGGCCUUUGGCUCCUACCCUGCCCUCAGUGCUGAUAUUGAGCUCUAGGUGCGCUAGGGAGCGCUCUUCGUGGAGCCCGCGUUUCACUGUAGGAGGUGGCCGCAGAUCCGCGAGAAGUCGCGUUGAGGCCAGGAUUCUGGUGGGAGAUGAAAGGACGUACACCGUCAU